CUUUACCCCAUUUUGACUUAUUUACAUUUUAUACGUUGACAACUUUUUUAAAAAACAAAAUGCUUUUUUUGAGGAAAAAAGAAAAGUUAAGAGAUCCGUGAUAACGAUCUUCUUUUUCACCCUUAUUUCCAUGAUCACACAACAGGAAUGUCUGAGUAGGGUUUUGCAAAUUUGGUCUCAACUUUUAGUUGUAGAUAGAACGUUGGAAAUGCUGGACUCUUCUCUGUAGCAGUGGUAUACGAUCGAACGCCUCAGUGGGGGAGUUUAAAAACAUUUUGUCCUUUCUGUAAUUCCUUUUGAGUAUUUACGAAAAAAAUCCCCCGUUUUGAUAGUUGUUGAACUGUCGUUUUCAAAAAUCGCCCUCACAAGGACACGCUUAUGUUCAUGUCGUACUUAGCACGAUCUAAUAUUUGAUGCGAUUCAUUUCUGAAUAGUGGGGCUGAAUUCCACUUUGAUUGCUUGUUCUGGCCAAUGCUGUAACUUAGACUGUACAAAAAUGUCGAAUAGGACUAAUUCAACGACGCUAUUAUUUUGUUCAAACGUAUGGAAAGACCAACUUUUUCAACAGUCUUGCCCAAAUAUUCUACCGGUCUAUGUUGACACAGUUGAUUGCGGAAGGUGGGGGAAUCGAUGUACAGGAUAUGGAAGUCUUCUAAUUGUCCGCCUAUAAAGAAUUCUGCAUUCUCAAGAUUUUUUAAAUCUACUCAACCCAAAUAUAUUUUCUUCGGAAUUAACUUGGAUAGAGAUAAAUGAAUCAUUAGAGAGAGAUCGUUUGUGACACUAUACGGAGGGGAAGCAAGAGAUGCCUCUAGAUGAAUAUUAAGCUUUCCUCGCUCUGUCAACUCCUGUGAAAUAAUAUUUCUCUGCGCCUUGCGACAGUUUGCCAGCUUCAAAGCACUCAUUAAACACAAGUGUUGUGCAUCGCAGUCUUUGGGCGACGAUUCGAAACUGAAAAUAGCACUGAGAAAUGAAUACCUGUCGAAUCAUUAGCCCAGUAUAACAAGCCUUUAAGUAUAACGUCUCCUCCAGAAUUUUAUCCGGAGCGCAGCUUUAAAAACACACGGUUAGUGUAGGUCUAUUUUUAUUUGAUCUCAGUGUUCUUUCCAGGGUAUUGACCUAUAUUUAAGCUUACUGAGCCUAUUAAGUUGAAACUUUUUUUUGGCUUUCGUUACAUUUUAGUCGAGGAAACCUGGUGCACGUAUCAAAACGAUCUUAAUUCGACAUAAAUAAUCCAUGAAGUUGUUUCAAAGAAUAUUCAGUUUAUAAAAAGCUCUCCCUGGACGUUUCAAAUACAAGAAAGCGGCUAGGUGAAGAUACAGUCGCUGACAACGUGAGGGCAACCGGGUGAAGUUAAGGGCGGAUUAAUUUCAAUCGCUCAAGUGGGCCAGAGCUUUCUCUAAAUGAUUAACGAUAAAACCUAUUACUGGUUUUAAGGUGACGUCUUGCACUGUCAGAUUUUCUCGAGCGCGUUCUGGAAAAGCUCUGUCCAGUGCUGGGGAAAGGUGCACCAAGGUUAGCGCUGGAGGCGGACUCUGUCCCCCGGCUCUGGCUCGGUAGCUUGGACAGCUCAUCGUGCCCAUACCAUUCUCGUAUCAUUGGAGAUUUUGCUUUUGAGGGUGGCCAAAUGGAGGGACACAAGGUUGAAUUGAUCUCAGGCGGUCUGUCUCCUGCCCUUUCCGCACCCAUGCCCAAAGCUCACUGAUUUCCCCAAAACCAAGCUUAAGUCCCACUCCCUGGACUUCAGCAGUAGGAAAUGGCCAUUCUCAAAGUCAAGUUUACCGUACAGAAGCGUGUCAAGUUGGCUCAGGGGCUCUGGCUCCUAAACUGGUUUUGUGUCUUGGCAGGCAUAGUUGUCUUUGGGAUGGGCUUGUUCCUUAAGAUUGAGCUGAAAAAACGAAGCGAGGUGAUGGACAAUACAGAGAGCCACUUAGUCCCCAACUCUCUGAUCUUGGUGGGAGUGCUGGCCUGCACGAUCAACUGCUUUGGUGGCAAGUUUUGCUAUGAUUCCCUUGACCCAGCAAAAUAUGCCAGGUGGAAAUCUUUCCUCAAGUUCUACCUUGCCGCCUGCUUGUUUUUCACUUGCCUGACCUUCCUCUCUGUGGUGCUGUGCUUUCUGAUGAAGAUCUAUCUUGAGGAUACUCUGGCUAAGGGGCUGAAGAAUAGCAUGAAAUAUUACAGAGACACCGACACUCCAGGACGGUGCUUCAUGAAGAAGACUAUCGACCAGCUUCAGAUCGAGUUCCACUGCUGUGGCAACAAUGGCUUCAGAGACUGGUUUGAAAUCCAGUGGAUCAGCAACAGAUACCUGGACUUCAGCUCCAAGGAGGUGAAAGACCGUGUUAAGAGCAAUAUCGAUGGGAAGUACCUGACGGAUGGGGUCCCGUUCAGUUGCUGCAAUCCAGCCUCCCCUCGACCCUGUAUCCAGCAGCAGAUCACCAACAAUUCUGCCCAUUACAGCUACGAGUUCCAGAGCGAGGAGCUCAACCUGUGGACUCGGGGCUGCAAGGAGGCUCUCCUCAACUAUUACACUAACAUGAUGCAGUCCAUGGGAGGGCUGGUCUUAUUCCUUUGGUUAUUAGAGGUGGCGGCGAUGGUUGGGAUCCAAUAUUUGCACACAGCUCUGGAGAGCAUUGCAAAUCCUGAAGAUCCUGAAUGUGAAAGUGAGGGUUGGCUAAUGGAGAAAGGUCUGAAGGAAACAUUUAAAUCUCUGCUGGAAAGUGUGAAAGAGCUGGGUAAGUUCAAUCAAGUAGCUACAGCUGAAGAGGGGAAAAAUGAAGAGGGCACGACUGUUGCCACAGUCAGCUGAAGAGACAGAGAAACAACUUGCAGGGGGAGGGGAAGAAACAAUUUAGACUAUGAAGGAAAUGAAAAUUGAAUAAAUGUACAAUACAAAACCAAAUAAAUAAUUCCCUUUAUUGUAUGAUAUAAAAAGCAUGUACCCCAAGGACCUUAUUUUCCUUUGUAUUUGUACUUGUAAUCCAUUGUACUGUAUAAUCCAUUGUGUAACCCAUCUAUCAUAAUAUGUAAUUCAUCUAUUUACACUAUUUAAAUUAUGUUAAAUUAAUUUUGACAAUUUAUGCAUUUGCUUUCAUUGCUUUGUACUAUAUAAAGAGAUAAAUAUAACCAAUGUAUUGCUUCUGAAUUUGGAAAUAUGGAUUGUGCGACAACAGUACUUAUUUAAGACAGUCCUGCCAUUUUUAAAGUAGCUCAAAUGCUAUGUGAAGUUAUAUAGUUUGUGUCGUUACAAAAUAGCAGCUUCCAAGACAGAAGGGCAUUGUUCAUGAAGUGAAGAAUUUCCAUGAAUAUUUUAUGUAUUUCAGUAACUUCAUGUUAGAAAUCCAAACCACAAUCACAUAAAUGUGACAAAUCAACUUUUACAUAGAACUAAAGUAUUCUCUAUUCAAAGCACAGCUAUUAAAACAGACAACAUGGAUGGGAAAAUUAUGAA